AUGCCAAUCACCAAGAAUCUCACCCUGCCAAGCUCGGCGAAAGAGCUGGCAUUAACCCCGGACUCGAAAUUAUUCAUCGCCUUCAUCUCUUCACCAGAUCCGAUUACCAAGCAACCUUGGUGCCCGGACGUACGUGAUGCCUUGCCACAUAUCAAUAAGGCAUUUGCCGGAGAUGAUGCGCCUGAACUAGCUAUUAUCGAGGUUGGACAAAAGCCCGAAUGGAAUAACCCCCAGAAUGUCUACCGAACGACCUGGGGAACUCAAAACAUUCCCGCGCUGGUACGCUAUGAGAAAGUCAAUGGGGAAGUCGCUGAGACAGGGAGAUUGGUGGAAGGAGAAAUUCUCAACAAGGAAAAGCUCCUGGACUUCAUCGUCUAA